AUGAAUCGCGCUCAUUUCUACUCUCCCCUCACUGACGUGAUUACCCAGCCACCUUCCCUAAUGGCUGCUAAGCGCAAGAUUGCUAAAAAGGUUGUUGAGGAACAGAUUUCUCUUGGCCCUCAGGUACCUCAAGGGGAGUUUGUAUUUGGCGUAUGCCACAUAUAUGCUUCUGCGAAUGACACUUUUGUCCAUGUUACUGAUCCUACUGGUGCGGAAACCAUCGUUCGCGUUACUGGUGGGAUGAAAGCUAAGGCAGAUAGAGAUGAGUCAACUCCAUAUGCUGCCAUGUUGGCAGCUCAAGAUGUUGCAGAACGAUGCAAGCAGCUUGGCAUCACUGCCCUGCAUGUUCGCAUACGAGCUAUCGGAGGAACUAAGGCUCGCACACCCAGUCCCGCCGCGCAGUCUGCUCUAAGGACACUUGCUCGUUCCGGUAUGAGGAUUGGCCGGAUUGAAGACGUUACACCUAUUCCGACAGAUAGUACUCGGCAAAAGGGAGGUCGCCGUGGUCGUCGUCUACCUUCCGUGGAGAGUAUGGACAUCGCGAUUGCCAUACAGUGGUGUUUAGUGCUAGGGAUCAAGCGGAAAGUAGCAAAUUGGCUCGGGCAAUCGCAGAUACGCUAUCUUCCUUUUGCUAGAAUCUAA